AUGACAUUACGAAUUACAUUAGUACGCCAUGGAAAUACAGAUGCAAAUGUCGAAAAGUGGCUUCAAGGCCACACUGAUACAACUCUUAAUACAUGUGGCUUGAGUCAGGCUGAUCGAGUUGGUGAACGUCUUUCUACUGAAAAGAUUGAUAAAGUUUACUGUAGUUCUUUAACCCGGUGCCAUCAAACUGCGGCAGCUAUUACAGCACACCACCCUGGUCUCCAGACAGUUUAUCUAGACGGCCUUCGUGAACGUGGUUUUGGCAAGCUAGAGGGACAAUCGAUCCGUGCUGCGUUCCGUGGUUACAACCGUUCUCUUCAAUCUUCCGAUAACCACGUCAAGGCGGCCGGUGGUGAAACGGAAGCCGAAUUUCGUCAGCGUAUUUGCACUACUUUUCAAGAAAUAACAGAAGAAGCCAGGGCUGCCAAAGAAACGAAUAUUCUUGUUGUAACUCACGGUGGCCCACUUCGAACACUGACCCACUGGUGGGUAAAUGAACUUGGAUACAUAUCAAAGGAUGAUACGGUUGUUCCGGCUGGAAACCAUGGCAAUACCGGCGUAACGUGUGUUGUAUUGCAUGAUAAUAAAGAUCUUGGGAAUGUUAUUGAGAUCCACAACUCAAUGAGUCACAUCCAAGAAGACACUGGUCCUGCCCCCGAGUCAGUUUAACAGCCUUGAAGAAUCUACAAUAUACAAGAAGAAGAAUCAGGAGUAAUUCACAGCUUGAAGAAAAAAAAACAAUAAUUAUGCUAUCCU